CCGCGUUCAGUCCGCGCCGGCGAGUGGCGGAGAAAAGAGCGUCCGGGCCUCGCGCCGCGCACGCACUGAGGCGGGGGCGCGCUGGGAACCGACACGAUCCGCCCCGGAGCCGCCGGUGGCGGCGGAACCCUCCCCCCUCCCGCGCCGCGCGGCCAGGGCAGCAGCAUGAGCGGCUCCCCCGGGCGCGCCAGCCGCUGAGCCCCGCCCGCCCGCCGCCGCCGGGGCCUCUCGGAUGCUCGAGGCCCCUCCGGGCUGAGGAUGCUGAAGAUGAAGCUGCCGCUGAAACAGACGAGCCACCGGGCGGAGGAGGCGGCGGGGAUGGGGCUGAAGGAGCCGGGUAACCGGGACUGUCACCUCCAGCUGCAGCAGGUGCCCCGGCCGCCUGCCCGAGGCGGGGCGUCGGCGGGGUGCGGGCGGGAGCGUCCCAACCAGCUGCCUGGCUUGGGCCCGGGCCCUGGGCCGCCGCCGGCUCCUGCCGCGGGCGUGGCGGCCGCCCGCACGGACAAGGAGACGGUGUACGAGUGGUUCGGCCUAGUGCUGGGCUCGGCGCAGCGGCUGGAGUUCAUGGUGGGGCUGCUGGACUUGUGCAACCCGCUGGAGCUGCGCUUCCUGGGCUCCUGCCUGGAGGACCUGGCCCGCAAGGACUACCACUGCCUGCGCGACGCCGAGGCCAAGGCCAACGGGCUCAGCGACCCCGGGCAGCUCGGAGACUUCCGAGACCCGGCCGUGCGCUCCAAGCUCAUCGUCUACCUGGCGCUGCUGGGCUCCGAGAACCGAGAGGCCGCCGGCCGCCUCCACUGCCUGCUGCCCCAGGUGGGCUCUGUCCUGAAGAGCUGCGGGGCUCGGGUGCGGGAGGAGGAUGGGCCCGAGGAGGACAUGGAAGGGCCUGGAGAAAACGGCCAGGCCCUCCCUGUUGAGAGCCUGGGCUUCGGGGCGCAGGAGGAGCUACUGUUGCUGUUCACUAUGGCCUCUCUGCACCCUGCCUUUUCCUUCCACCAGCGGGUCACCCUGAGGGAGCAUCUGGAGCGGCUGCGGAGGGCCCUCUGUGGGGACCAGGAGGAGGAUGCUGCCUUCGGCCCUGCAGCUCAGAAUGACUUUUCCCAUAAUGACUGCAUGCCAAGUAAUGAGAAUAGUUUGGAUCACACCACACCACCUCAUGAUGGACUUUCGAUGGCCUCUCAUAGACCUCAGCGGGAAGCUGUUCACAUUGAGAAGAUAACACUGAAAGGAGUAUCAAGAAAAAGGGCUGACAAACAUUUGGAGUAUACCUUCAAAGUAACCUGGUCUGAUCUUUCUGUAACAUGUGUAACAAAAACACACCAGGAGCUGCAGGAAUUCCUACUAAAACUUCCAAAGGAACUGUCAUCUGAAGCGUUUGACAAGACCAUUUUACGAGCACUAAAUCAGGGUUUCCAGAAGAAGGAAGAACGGCGGCACCCAGAUCUAGAGCCAAUAAUAAGGCAGCUAUUUUCAAAUACGUCACAGGUAUUUCUGCAGAGUCAGAGAGUGUACAACUUCUUCCAGUCAAUUUCAUCAGAAUCUUUGCACACUCACAGAAAAUCCAUGAUUCCAGAGCAAACACCUAUCAGAUUUCCUGUUCCAAAGCAUGGGAGUACUUUUGUUUCUCAACAAAACGGUAACUUACAACCCUCUUUGAAGACAGCUAAGGCAUCAGAACACUUCAAGGAGGACAGUUCAGAGGCUUCAAGUCAGGAGGAAGAUGUAAUGCAGCACACAUCAGUCCACAAAAAACAUAAUGGGAAAAGUCCUGUUGCCAACACUAGCAGUACAAAAUGUUCUUCACUGGAUGGCCUUAACAUAAAACACUCUGAACAGAAUGGGGUAGUGGAUUGGAGAAGAAAAAACUGCACUGUUCAACAGCAUCCAGAGCACUGUACAAACUUACUUGAUCAGCAUGCUGGAGAGAAACGGGGCUUAUCUGCAAUAAGCAAGAAGAAAGGAAAGCCACAACUGGAAAAGGAUAAAAUAAAGAAAACUGACAGCAGAUUGAGCAAUAGGAUUAAUGGAGUUAGAGUUGCAGCAACACAGCACAUCCGUUCAGGGGCAGCAAAAGAUCUGAAUUUGGACGUUGGAUCUGGACGUGACACAUGUGGAGAAACAUCUUCAGAGAGUUACAGUUCUCCUUCUAGCCCACAACAUGAUGGGAGGGAAAGCUUUGAAAGUGAAGAAGAGAAGGACAGAGAUACAGACAGCAAUUCAGAGGACUCUGGGAAACAAAACGCAGGCAGGUUUACUGUUUAUGGUGCUGUCAGUCCAUCGAACAUCAAAGCAGCAGCUGCUCAGAUUUCUUCAGUGAGUAACGAGAAUGGAAGUAUUUCAGAGGAUCCUUUAAAUUCAAAGUUUCAGCAUAUUUCAUUUAUGCCUGCCUUACACUGUGUGAUGCACAAUGGUGCACAGAAACCUGAAGCUGUCGUUCCACCACCCAUAUCUGCUGAUGGUAAAACAAUGGGAAUGCUUGUUACCACUCCUGUCGCUAUAUCGCCAAUGAGAGAAUCUGCAAAUUCAACUCCAGUUGGAAUAGGGCCAAUGACUUCUGGUGAAUCUGAAAAACGCCUUGAGCUGUUGGCUUCCCCUCUACCAGUACCAUCUACUUUCCUUCCACAUUCUGUACAGCCUGGUAGCCCAGCUUUGCACUUGGCAAUACACAGAUUGAAAAUACCCUCUUCACAGGGAUCGUCUGAAAAUUGCACAGUUAAUGGACCACAGCAACCAACAGCAAACUUAAGCAUUGGCUCACCAAAUACUGCCUUUAUCCCAGUCCACAGCCCAGGUAGUUUUCCAGGAUCCCCAGUUCCUAAUACAGAUCCCAUCACAAAACCUGCAUCCCAAGUGGUAGGACUGAAUCAAAUGGUGCCUCAUAUUGAGGGGAACACCGGAGCAAUCCCUCAGCCUACCAGUCUAAAGGUAGUUCUUCCCGCAGCUGGUCUUUCAACAGCACCUCCACCAGCUUCCUAUACUUUGCCAGGCACUCCUCAUGCUACCAGUGUGUUGCCCAACCAGAAUACAAAUGUGCUGAACUCUGUAGCAACUUCCACACCACCUCAAUCAGCUGGUUUAGGUGUUGGUCAGAUCCAGUCAACUAUUCCCCCUGCAAUACCUACCCAUACACCAGGCCCUGCCCCUAGCCCAAGCCCUGCUUUAACACACAGCACUGCGCAGAGUGACAGCACAUCCUAUAUAAAUGCUGUUGGAAAUACUAACACUAAUGGGACUUUAAUGCCUCCACAGCAGUUGGGGUCUGGGGCUUGUGGUUCUUGUGGACGUAGAUGCAGCUGUGGGUCCAAUGGAAGCCUUCAGAUCAAUAGCUAUUUUUAUCAUAACCCUAUUCAUGGACAAGUCUACAGAGUUCCACCUUUCUUCACUCUGCCAUCUCUUUGCAAUGGCAGCUACCUCAGCCAAGCACAUCAAAGCAAUGGAACACAACUUCCUUUUUUCCUGCCUCAGACUCCAUAUGCAAAUGGACUGAUGCAUGACCCAGUAAUGGGGAGCCAAGCCAACUAUGGUAUGCAGCAAAUGGCAGGAUUUGGGAGGUACUAUCCUGUAUAUCCAGCACCUAACGUAGUUGCCAACACAAAUGGAUCGGGGCCCAAGAAGAAUGGGAAUGUUUCAUGUUACAAUUGUGGUAUAAGUGGACACUAUGCGCAGGACUGUAAGCAGUCAUCCAUGGAGGCCAAUCAGCAAGGUAAUCAUGAUAGCUCCCAACGGACUUGCUUUUGAAUUUACUAGUUUCUCUUUACCUUACUGACCAUGCUGUUUCUGUUCUUGCAGAAAGGUGUGUGCGUGUGUGUUUGUAUAAAUGUACGUUGUGCACUAGUGGUCUGCUAUAAAACCGCAAAGAGGCUUAUCUAGGCCCAAUCAAACACUGGGGGAAAUGGAGUUCACAGGUACUAAACUAAAUUUUGAAGGGGUAUGAAAUCAGGUUAGGAAAUCAACCCAUCUCUGUUCUAAAUUGUCAUUCUUUUCUCUAGGCUUUUGGCAGUAUUUUCAGACUUGCAUGCUAUUAAUGUCAAGUCUUCCACUCCCUUUGAUGUUUUGGUAGAAUUCAGUUGCAAAAAGGACUGGAAAUUGUCAGGUACUAUAUAAAAUACAUGGCUUGGAUUUCUAAAGCAUGUGAAGAUUGAGAAAACAAACUGGUCAUUCUGAUGUAUUUUUUACCUCUGCAUAACCAACUAUCCUCUGUAUAACCUAUUUUAUGUAGGUGGGAUUUGUUUGACUUCUGAGACAGUUGCAGCAAAAAGACAUUGAAAUAAGACACUAAUAAGAAAUCAAAAUUUAACAAGUGACUUCAGUUUUAUAACUUCCAUCCUCUUUCCAUUCAAAAAAAGAGGGGGAAACAGUGUUUGUACCUGUAGAACAUUAAAUACAUUUUUCUUCCAUCACUUCCUUUCUGAUCCUCAGUGUGUGUCUGUUCUGACCUUAAUCAUGUUUGCCAAACUUGAACAGGAAAAAUUAGUCUUGGUGUUUGGGGUGUUUUACUUUGCAUUUUUCCAGGGGAGGUAGUAUCUUACAUUUUUACGUUGGAUUUCUUUUAUGCUGACACUUCAUCGUUUUUCAUCUCCUUGAUGAAGUUUGAGCCCUCCUUUUAAAUAAGAUUGGAGAACAAGAUAGUGCCUUUUGAAGAGCAUGUCCAUUUUGAUACCUUGUAGCGGUUUGUAAUCUGUUUAAUUGUAAACAGUGACUUAGUAGUUCUCUUUCCUGUUUUAGGCACUUACAGACUGAGAUACGCACCUCCCCCUCCCCCUUCCAAUGAUACGUUGGAUUCUGCAGACUGAAACAAGUAAACAUUGCCUACAUAACAAACUGAAGUUUGGGGAAUUGAGAGGGAGGGGGAAUGUUUCCUGAGGUCUUGCAUUUGGGAUAUUCCUGGUUUUAUAUUCUUUUGGAAUUUUUCAUUGCUUUUGCACCUCUGUUCAAUACAAAAGAAGAAAACUGAGUCCCUGAUCUCCUGGUUCUGCAAAAAGCUUGCAUAAUGCAUGUAACUCAAACACACAGCCAAACAAUCAAAAGAGCAUUUGAACCAUACUUUUGCACUGAAGACUUGAGACAUGUGCAAUGUUUACUGCAUUUUUUAAAAUGUCCUUUGACCUCCGACAUCACUGGUGGAGCAGCCAUAUGGUUGAAACAAGAAACUUGGUCAUGUUCCCUCAUAAUCCCGCCUCUUCUGUCCCACCCCACUCCACCCCCAGCCUGUUCUCCUUAUGCUGCUGUUUUUGUUUCUCUCCCACCUUCACUGUGUGUCCACAUGGUUUCAUUGGACUGUAUGAGUAUUUGGCAGUUUGUAGAGAAUUUGUCCAAACUAUAGCAAAUUGUUAUGCUCAUGAAUUAUAUGAGGAAAUUGUUUAGUCUUCCUGUGGGGAGCGAGACUAAAGACUCACAGAAUAGUGUGUAUAUGUAAUAUCUUGUUACCCACACCCACCCACCCACCUCUGGGGUCCCGAGUGAAUGAAAAUACUUCAAGUGGGAAGGGAAUGAAACACUGUGGACUAAAACAGAUUUAUGAACGUGAGCAAGCUUAAAGUGAAAGAUUUUAUUUCCAUUGUAGUGUUUUAGCCUGAUUGUUCCAAGAGACAAGGGGCGGGGGGAUGGUAUGAAUGUUGUAUUCCAUGUGUUUGCAUUUCUGAUGAAAGCUGACAGUGAGUCCUUUUUUUAAAAGCUAUUCUACUUCUGUGUCAACACAGAAUGAACAUUACUUGAUAGAUUUUGAUUUGAUUUUUCCCUAAACUAUUACAGUGUUGCAUUGUAUUUAGAAUGUAAAUGGUUUAUUUCAGUCUGAACAAAAGUUAUGGUUUUCUACAAAAUAGUCAGGUAUUAGUAUUAGGACUGGUCUACCAAAUAGCAAAGUCACUAUUUUAUAAUAAUUUACCACUAUGCGUGAUUAUGGUAUAAUGUGAAAGACUGAAAUGCGUGUGCUAAGAUGGUAUUAAUCAUGUUGGUGUCAUGUCAGUAAGUUUAAUGCUGCUGUAUUUUUAUUUUUAAAAGCCAAUAUGUACUAAAUUGCUUCCAGGUAAUAUUUGAUUUCCUAAAGUGCACUGAGGUUAUCUGGAAGAUUGAGUGAAUUUUUCAUGACUGCUAUAUUCAACACCGAUGAACAAAUUACCACUGUAUAUCCAUAGGUUUUUGGCAUUCCUCACAGUUCAUAGCAGAAAUGAAAGAUUUUUUUUUUUUUGAAGUAAGAUACUGGUAUGCAGGAGAGGGACAAAAGUAAAAUUGUAUGGGGGUUCAGCUGCCUAAUUGCUAAACAAAAACUUGAAGAAAAAAAGCUUGAUUUACUAAAUGUCUUCAUAGGUAGCAUUUAUAUUUAUAGCACCAGUAUACAUUUUUCCCCCUUGGGGUGGGGUAGGGUAGAUGAAAGCUUUAAUUUAAAAAGAAAAGAAAAAAGAAGUAGUAAAUGGAAAUUAUUUUGAUUAAAAAUAUUUUAUUUGAUCUGGGUAUUUUUGGACCGCAUUAUUAAAUGAAUUAACUGCAUUUGAGUUUAAGUGAGGGUGUUAAAGCACCAAUGGACUCACAUUGUGAAUUACCUGCCAGUUGUACUUUAUGGAACUUAUUUUAUGAUUUAAAAUACUGUACUGUAAAUAGGAGGUAUGUUACCUUCUCUUUAUUUGUAUGUUUACCAUAUACUUUGAUAUUUGAAAUGUUAUGUACUGGAAAGGUCACUUAUAUUUCUAGAACAGAUUGGAUUUUAUGCAACCUUUCUUCCUUGAAUUAACAGCAAUAAAAAAGGAAAAAAGUGUC